GGGCUAAUGAGCUCAGUGCAGGAGCUGGGACUCUUUCACGCACUCUCUGAGAGACAGAAACCCAUAUGGAGUCCUUUUCCGGAGGAGCCUCACAAGGCGGCUGGAUUUUAGGUAGAGAGGAGAGAAGAAAUUCAUAAAUUCAGGUACAGCCGAGUAUGUGAGAGAAUAUACCAGAGGCAGGAGACGGAGUAAGAGGUGGAGAAAGAGAGGAGAGCGGGAGAGGGGAGGGGAGGAAACGGGAAAUACACAGUCACAGAGAGAGAGAGAGAGAGAGAGAGAGAGAGAGAGAGAGAGAGACUGGAAGCCUGCAGCAGCAAAUGAGACAGAACAACGAGGCGGGAGAGGUAGAAAGAGAGACUGAGAGGGAGGGAGGUGGAGAGGGGCCCCGUCUAGGAGAGAGGGCUACAGGGUGAGGAAGAAGGAGUGGAGAAAAAGUUGGGAGAAGUAGGAGACAGAGGGUCCGGGGAAAGAAAAGAACGGGUGCAGAGAUUAACAACUCCAGUACAGGAGAGAAGAAGAAGGGAAACAACAGACAGGAAGGAAGGGGAGGGAGAAGUCUUGGGUAGAGAGCAGGAAAAAAAAGAGCUGAAGAAAAGUUUUCUUCUGGGAAGACGCAGAUGAGGAAAACAGAGCGAGUGAAUGACUGGGCUAGAGAGAGCAGAGAGGGGAGGAAACCGAUUGUUUUCUAAGGCGUUUUCCACACAAGCCUCUGGACUUCUUUGGACAUGUACACAGACGGAGCACAAACAACGGGACACCACCGAUUUCUUCAGCACAUCAACACCAACGCCCCCUGCUCCUGCCAGCACUGCGUCCACUAUGAGGCGUCCGGCCACCGCGGUGGGCUGGGAUACCAAUCAGCAUCAGCCAGACAGACAGACCACCCAUCUCUGGACUGUAGGAGAGACAUCCAGGCUCCUCGGGUUAAAGACGUAGGAGGGAGAGCUUUCGCAGUGAACAGAGCUGAGAGAAGCGGUCAUCGCAGCCCACAGAGGAGGCCUGUGUUCGCAGGGCCAGGCCCUUACAGUCAGUCAGACGACUUGAGCCAAGUUUGCCCCUGGGAGUUGAACCCUGCCCAGUGGACCUACCCGCCGGAGCCUGGGGUGAGACACUACCCGUCUGUCAGAGAACAGUGUGGCUGUGUGGUGCGCAGCGACACCAGGGCACCCCCCUUUAACACUGGGAUACCACAUCCUCUCCCCCAUCUUCAGGUCAAAGGUCAAGGGUACAGGCACAGGAGGACUAUCAGGUAUGUCUCUGUGGAUGAGGAGGAGGAAAGUUAUGGAUGCACCCCUGAGAACUAUCAUUCGGAGCCACACGACCCCCAUCUGGGUCAUUUACACAUGCCAAAUGGCCAUUGUGGACCAAGGCUUGUGUUCUUUGAGGGAGGGGAGGAUAGAGAUAGCCAUCAGGACCGGGGAAGACCAAAGGGUGGAUCAGAGGAGGGCUGUAACGGACGCGUAGGUUCUCACAAAGGCUUCUUCCCCACUGAAGUCCCACAAAAACACUUCAACCAAAGCAGACAGAAGGGGCCGUGCGUCCCACCCUCCGGCAUCACCAGUCCGGAGCCCUCAAAACCAACAACCAACAGCGACCACCAGCGCCAGGGUUCGGAGGUGGUGAAGCAGAAGAGGAGGCAGGGUUCGGUGAGGGAUCAGAUCAGACAAGUGGUGACAGAUCUGGAGGAUGUGUUGGGGGGUUUGAAGCAAGUUCACGUGGAGAUGAAAGAGGUGGUUCAGCAGAUUGAUCGUCUCACAGCCAGAAUCGACAUCAGUGAGGAGGCACCCUGCAUCACUCAGGGGUCGUACAGCAACUUUCAUGGCUCAUCUCAUCCAGGAGACCUCAUAGUGGCCCCGCUGCCAGCUCACAAGCCUGCCCCAGUCCAGGUGUUGCAACACAUCGACGAAGACCGCAUCAUUUUAAGAACUAACUCUCCCUCCCCUGUUCACAUGGCAUCAGUCGUCAAAACGAGCCUUUUUACCCCAACCAACCACAGUAAGGACAUGAACCACGAAAGGCCGGGUGUAAACGGCCACCCGCCUCACCUGUAUCCCUCCAGAGAGUCCAACCACAUCAGCCAAACUCAUCCUGAGCCCCACCCACAGAGCCUAGACCCCAAGGUCAUUAUUGGUAACAGCACGUCCAAUUCAAGAACUCAGAAGCCUCCUCUGUACCCUCAAAACGGGCGCUGUGGGAAGGGCCCUUACCCGCCUCCCAAGCCUGUAAGGACCCCUGCGUACCCUGGGAGAGGCUGCCAGAGCACCAGCAUGGUGUGAAGGAGGGGGGUGGUCUGCCCCAAUGCCAUGGGGGCCUGAAACAUGAGACCCUGCUGCAGCGAGUGGAGGUCAGAGUGGGACCAGGCAGGGAAACAACUCAUGCAGGAGCUGAUGCCACUGAGACAAGCUGUCGGCCAGCGGAGACAGAGCACGGCCUGAAGGUGGGGAUAUUUCCAAAGGGAAAACUACCCCAAGAGUCGACCUGUGACUCACACAAUCACAGAAGCAUGGAGGAGUGGCAGUCAAACCUCUGAGAAUUUAUGCUUUUGCUGUUUCGGGUGAGGUAGUGGCAAAUAUUAAGAAGGAUAAACUAUGAACUCCUACUCAACAACCACCAAUAGAAAGCUAAAGGUAUGUUUUCAUGUCAGUGUUAAUUUAUUUGAUACUAUUUUUUUAUUGCAAAGAAUUCUAUUUUCAGGCAGCUUACACCAGUCUGCAUACUACCUAACCUAAUGUAUGCUAUAUCAAAAUUUAUAUCAUCUAAACUAUUAUACAGAUAUUUUACAAUGCAAGUGAUUAGACUGUAGUCUCACUGUGACAGAUAUGCUACAGUAUGUAAGAAGAAUAAUCACUAAGGAGAGAGGCAAGUUGGGGAGGCAGAGCAGAGAUUAACAGAGAUUCCUCUCCCCUUUUUCACACAAAUCAAUCUGACGUCUCAAUUAUCUAACUCUAAGAGACACUGCAUUGAAUGCAUCGCUGAAUGUCCCACAUUUCAAUAUGAAAUAAAAGAAAUGGUGCCAGUAUUUCA